AUGGCUCACUUUCUACGAGGCAAACAGGCUGGCAUCCAAAAUGACCUUUCCACCGGUCUGUUCUCCGAUCUUUUUAUGCUGGAUGUGGUUGCUCGUUAUGGCAUAAAUUCACGCAUCAGCACUCUUGCAUAUGACCCGGUGCAGUCCCUACUUGCUGUCGGUACAAGCGAAACACAAUAUGGCGGGGGACAAGUAUACGUAUUCGGGCAACAAAGGGUGUCAGCUGUGUUCCAGCUGCCCCGCAAAGCGUCUGUAACCACACUUCAAUUUGUUGCAGAAAAGCUUGUAAGCAUGGACUCGAAAAAUGAGAUUUGCGUAUUCUCUCUCCCGGAAAGGAAGAUGGUGGCUUCAUAUGCGCCGCCAGGAUUGGUUACGGCUCUUUUGACUGAUCCCAGUCUGGAUUAUGCAUUUAUUGGGCUACAAAAUGGAGAGAUUGUUGCGUACGAUUUGGAUCGAGAGACUGUAACACCUUUUAAGUUGCCAAAUUUCUGGAAGGAACGUAAUCCCCGUGCCCGGGUUCUCCCCAUAGUAUCCCUGGCAUUUCAUCCACGAGAUAUUGGGACUAUUCUAAUUGGAUAUUCUGAUGGAGCUGUGAUAUUUUCUGUCAAGCAAAACAUUCCCGUGAAAUAUUUCCAAUUUGAGAUACCACCUGGUGCCCCUGGAGGAAGCCCUGACCCAUCGUCUUUGCGGGAUGUCCGACGACCCAGGGUUACAAAAGCAAUCUGGCAUCCUACGGGGACUUUCAUUUUAACGGCUCAUGAUGAUUCCAGCCUUGUGUUUUGGGACCCAAAAGAUGGCAGGGUUGUAAUGGCUCGAACCCUCACGGACACCAAUAUUGAUACUCCAGGCCCUACACCAAGAGCUCAUAGCUCAAACCCGGACGCAUUCUCAUUGAAAGAGCCAAUUCUGCAUGUGGCAUGGUGCUGUAAGGGUAAUAACCCUGAUGACACAGGUCUGCUGGUUGCUGGCGGUUCUUCGACCACUCAAGAAACCAAAGGUUUGACCUUUUUUGACUUUGGGCCAACUCCAAAUUACCAGACGUCCUCAUGGCAGUUGCUUUCUAGCCAUUUUGCAUCACCAAAGCGUCAGGACAAGCUGUCGACUCCGCCUAAUGCGGAAGUCAUUGAUUUCUGCUUAAUUCCCCGAGCAUCCCCACAUUUCUGUGGUUGGCAAGACCCAAUCGCACUUAUUGCGUUACUAUCAUCUGGAGAAUUGAUGACCUUGAGUUUCCCUAGUGGUCAUUCGAUAUCACCAACAAACAUGCUACACCUGUCUUUGUCCCUGGUCCACCCUUUCGCAAAUAGAAUAACCUUAGCAUCAGUUGAACGGACCAGGUGGUUAGGCUGGAAAGAAAGACGAGCCCAGGGUCCUAAAUUGUUGGUCGGAGGUGCAGAAGCGAAGCGCCAUAUGAAACGGUUCGAAAGUCGUGAUAUAGUGCAAGUGGCCCAUGGAGAUGGUAUUAUUCGGCUAUGGGAUACAGGACAUGAUGAUGAAAUUGAAAAUCCUACCGUCCUUCAGGUUGAUCUUGCUAGGGCUGUAGGACGCUAUGACAACAUCGAGGUAUCACAAAUGUCUCUAGCAGGCUCAGCAGGGGAGUUCUCUGUUGGACUAAAGUCUGGUGAAGUAGUUGUUUUUAGGUGGAACCGCAAUCAGAAUGCCGGGAGCGAUUUACCACUAGGAAAUAAUCAAGGACCUGGACUCGUUACAGAUGUCACCCAUCGGGCAGACCCUGACUUGAAGGAAGGGUUUAUUCCUCUAAUACUCUUUGAUCAGCGCCAAGGGCCUGUCACUUCUCUAAAGCAUAGUGAUGUCGGGUUUGUCUGUAUUGGGUAUCAAUCUGGUAGUAUUGCUUUUAUGGAUAUGCGUGGCCCAAAAAUAAUUCAUACGGCGAAUCCUUCUGAUUUUGGCAAACAACAUCGAAGAACUAGCAUUAUGAAAAGUCAUAGCUCUCCUGAAACUGUGUCCGAGUGGGCAACGUGUAUCGAAUUUGGGGUUCUUACAGUGGAAGGCGAUGAUUACUCGAGCAUCGUGUGUUUUGUUGGUACGAAUCGCGGUCGUCUUGCCACUUUUAAAAUCUUGCCAGGUUCCGACGGUUACAUGGUGUCACUCGACGGUGUCUCUUCCCUUGAUGAUCGGAUUUUGACCAUAUGUCCUAUUAAUGCUGAAAACGGCCAACAAGCUCUUGCUACUCAGAAUGCCGUAUCAAGCCUAAGAACUGGAUACAAAGUGAAUGGUAUAGUUGUUGCCGUGACUCCUUCGGGUUGCCGUAUUUUCAAGCCAUCUGUUUCCAAAGGGGCAAACAAAUCAUGGGAUGACUUUAUGUGCGAUUCGGCAACGGUAGUCAGAAGAGGAGAAGCAUGUAGCUUAGUCGGAUUAUUCGGCGAUGGGAAAGCCAGGGCUUACUCUAUACCUGCUCUAAAAGAGAUUGCUUCCACACCCAUCAAUGAGCUUCUUGAUGUGAGAAGAUUUGGUGACGCAUGUAUCACCGAGUCAGGCGAUGUGUUAGGGUGGUUCGGGCCGUCAGAAGUAGCGAUGGUCAAUGUCUGGGGUGCUGGGCUUUCUCUGGACCGGUGCGCGGAUAUUCUUUUCAAUCCCCAACUAGAAGUCCCGCCCCGGCCAACAAUCUCAAAUUUACAAUGGAUUUCCGGUACCCAGCAUGUUUCAACAAGUGACAUGGACCUCUUGAUUGGUGGCCCCGAUCGUCCCCCUUCCAAAAGAAUGAUCCAGCAAAUGCGUCAAGAGGAACAACAGCGACAAGCAGAGAACCGCGAAAACCGGACCCGCCAGGCUGCAUCUUCAAACCAGGAUCCCCAGGAAGGUUACUGGGCAUACAUGCAGCGACAGGUUCAGGAGAGAACCGAGAGGCUUGGGAUCAUGGGUGACAAUAUGGAGAGGCUGGAACAAAAUAGUAGCGGCUUUGCGAAUGAUGUGAACAAGUAUCUCAAGAACCAGAAAAAGAAAGCUGUUCUGGGAGCUAUUGGGUCCAAAUUCGGACUCUAG